AAUUCUGGGAGUUGAAGUCCACAAGUCAUAAAAGAGCCAAGGUUGCCUACCCCUGGGCUAGGUGCAUUUCGGAAUUGGCUACUCUCUCGGUUAGAAAUGAUGUACGCAUUUUCCAUAGUGACAGGGUGGUCCUACGCUUAAACCCCUCCGUCCCCAAAAUCAACUCAUUGUUUCACAGGACACAGGAGCUUGUGCUGCCAAAUUUUUGCCCGAAGCCGUCCCACGACCCGGAACGUAAACGGCACCCCUUGGACGUUUGUAGAGCCUUGCUAUAUUAAGCGAACUGCCUUCUUUUGCAAAUCUGAAGCCCUCUUCGCCUCAUUCCACCCCUCUUCACUGGGUCAGAAGGUGACUGCCUCGACUGUUGGCGGAUGGACUAAGGCUUGCAUAGCAGGAGCGUACCAAACACACUCCUUGCCAGUUCCCAGCUGAAUCACCGCACACCCCACUCGCAGUUGUGGCUACUUCUGCAGCGACGCAGGUAUCCAUCGAAGAGAUAAUGCAAGGCAGAGACUUGGUCAUCUCCUUCCCCAUUUGUUAGGUGCUAUAAAUUAGAUGAGUUUGCCUCCGCUGACACUCCUGAGGGCACUCCACAGUGGAAGCUUUGGUAUGUCCCAUGCGUGGAUUCUCCCCUCGUCAUGCUGGAGAAGAGGUCUUAACAUGGACGCCUUUUCUCAGCAUGACAAUGGAGAAUCCACUCCACCCCCCUUGGAUCCAUCCAGUCCUGUGUCAGGGUUGUUUUUUUUUUUUUUGAGCCAACACCACUUCGUAAAAUCAUCCACCGCUGUGCCUUCGUCGUGACUGGGGAUUCCUAGCUGGAAGAAGAGAAGCGUGGCCAAAAUUGAUUGACUUAGUCUGUAGGGCAGAAAGGCUAAAUCAACCCCAUGCGUGGAUUCUCCAUCGUCAUGCUGAGGAAAAAAGCGUUCAGUUGGGAAGACUUCCUUGAUCACCAGAUUCAUGUAUGACAGCUUUGACAAUACCUACCAGGCAACAAUCGGCAUUGACUUCUUAUCGAAAACUAUGUACCUGGAAGAUCGCACAAUCAGGUUGCAGCUCUGGGACACUGCGGGCCAGGAACGUUUCCGUAGCCUCAUUCCCAGUUACAUCCGCGACUCUGCUGCUGCUGUAGUAGUAUACGAUAUUACAAAUGUAAACUCAUUCCAGCAAACCACAAAAUGGAUCGAUGAUGUCAGAACGGAAAGGGGGAGUGAUGUCAUCAUCAUGCUUGUAGGAAACAAAACAGAUCUAGCAGACAAGAGGCAAGUAUCUAUUGAGGAAGGGGAAAGGAAAGCCAAAGAGCUGAACGUGAUGUUCAUUGAGACCAGCGCAAAGGCCGGAUACAAUGUAAAACAACUUUUCCGACGUGUGGCUGCUGCUUUGCCCGGCAUGGAGAGCACGCAGGACAAAAGCAGGGAAGACAUGAUUGACAUCAAACUCGAAAAGCCUCAAGAGCAAGCAGUCAGCGAAGGAGGCUGCUCCUGCUAAUAGUGUGUUGGGUUGUUUUGUUUUGUUUUGUUGCUCUGUUUCGUUUUUUCUUCCUCCUCAAACCAUCACUGGCUUCUCCUGCCCCCCCCCUUCCUUUCCUCCCUCCCUUCCUCCCGGGGCGACAGCCGUGUGGACGAAUUGCCUUGCCUCCUUCUUCUUCUCCCCACUAACCCCAGCACGGGACCCUCAUCGUUGCCUGUCGUCUGGUGAAGGUGCUCUGUUUAGCUUCACAAGCACAAAAGUCGGUGUCUUCAUCACAUGAGAUACAGGGGUUCUCAACCUUGGCCACUUUAAGACUUGUGGACUUCAACUCCCAGAAUUCCUCAGCCAGCAAAGCUGGCUG